AUGGCCGACAAACCCACCGACGCCCGCGAGCGUCUCCGCCAAAACUUUCUCGACCAUGAUCCAAAACAGCACCCGAAUCGCUGGGAGCACCUGUGGCAACAAGACGAUUUGCCAUGGGACAAAGGUUUCGCUUCUCCGGCUCUAGCUGAUCUUUUGGCUGAGAGAAAGGACUUGCUGCCGACUGCGCAAUCCGGCCGCCGCUUGCGCGCUUUGGUGCCCGGAUGCGGCAAAGGCUAUGACGUGCUCUUGCUUGCCAGCUGGGGUUUCGAUGCUGUUGGUGUCGAGGCUGCUGCGACUGCUGUCAAGGCUGCCAAUGCCGAGUCCGAGGGCUGGCAGGAUAAACCUGAGUAUGCGAUCAAGGACGAGGUCAAGGGCCGCGGAAGUGCCAAAUUCGUGUUUGGUGAUUUCUUCGAGAAGGACUGGGAGAAGAAUGCGAUUGGUGAGGAUGGUUCGAAGGAAGGUCAAUGGGAUUUGAUCUAUGAUUAUACCUUCUUGUGUGCCUUGCCACCAGCAUUGAGACCUAGUUGGGCGGCUCGUCAAUCCUCGCUCUUGUCGCCGACUGGUCGCUUGAUCUGUCUCGAGUUCCCAACUUACAAGCCUCCAUCAACUGGUGGACCUCCAUGGGCUCUCCGUCCUGAGACUUACCUUGCGCAUCUGAGCCAGCCAGGCAAGGAAGCCGAAUAUGACGACGAGGGCUUGGCUGUUUGGAAUGAAGGCCAGACUCUUGGUGAUGGCGCUUUGGAAAGGAUUGCGCAUUGGAAGCCUGAGAGAACUCAUAAAAUCGGUGAAGGCACAGACAAUGUCAGCGUUUGGAAGAGAAGAUGA